AUGGUCAUUCUCAUCGACGAUUCUAAACCCAGCAUUGCUGUCAUUGAACGCGCUAAUGUUAAUGGUGCAUAUGAUCAUACCAAGGCCUCCAACCUCUACCUUAUACCAUCAACUUCAUUAUUAUUCUCAUUUAUUACUAUUUCAGGCCUUUUUGACUACAGCAACAUGAAGUACGAAGUAGACAGAAUCAAUGAUACUGCCGGUCAGCCUUCUCUGCCUGAAAUGGUCGAAUUUGCUAUCAAAAUAUUAAAGAAAAAUCCUAAAGGAUUCUUUCUGGUGGUUGAAAGUGGUUUAAUUGAUUAUGGUCACCAUGACAACAAUGCUUAUCGUGCGCUUACUGAAACCCUUCUUAUGGAUGCUUCGGUUACCAAGGCAACAGAACUAACCAAUAAAGAUGACACACUCGUGAUAGUGACAGCAGACCAUGGCCACACCAUGUCCAUAGCAGGAUAUCCUGACACAGGAAACCCAAUAUUAGGACUGGUUAAGCAAGGGGGUGUUUUAAAAUUGGCAGAUAAUGACAAAAUGCCUUUCACUACCCUUGGUUACCAGAAUGGUCCAAAUGCAAAUUUUGGCCCCAGAACGAAUUUGACUGGCGUCAACACCCAGGAUAUUGAUUUCAAGCAACAAUCACUGUAUAAUGGUGCUGAUGAGUAUGAAUCCCAUGGGGGACAGGAUGUGGGAAUCUAUUCCCGUGGUCCAUGGGCUGAUCUCCUAGUUGGAGUUUUGGAACAAAACUACGUUUUCCACGUCAUGGACCACGCCCUUUGCUUGAGUGACAGCAAGCAGAGCAAAUGUAACAAGCCCGAGGCCAGGGGAGGAAAACCUCCAGUGAACUCGGCAAACAGCUCUUGUGCAUUUAUGAAUGUUGGUAUGCUUAUGGCGUUAUUGUCAGCAGCUGUCAAUGUUAUUAUACUGUAGAUGAAUGUAAUAUGGUCUUAGGACUGGUCAUAAAUUACCAAAGGGGAUU